AUGUCUUCCGAGACCCCUUGCCCAUUCCGCAUCUCGCUGCGCGACCAAAUCGACUUGGAGCGUAAUGAGGCUUUCCAAGCCAUGCGGGAACAACUGCGCCGCCAGGAUUGCGGCAUGGAAGGCCCGACCUUCUGCUCCACCCACCGACAUGAAUGCGACUCAACCGACCAAGAAGCCUUCCGCCUCCAUCGCGAUAUCAUCCACACCCUCCUCGUGCCUCUCUUCCUAAUCAACCACCAAGCCGAACAGAUCGCCACCCAGGCCCUCCCCAGCACAAAAGGGGCCGAACCCGAACGCGCCUUCCGCGGCGAAGCGCGUAGCGCCUUUGCCUGGCUCCACUGUAUCCUGAUCGAAGAGCACGACUGGUAUCUGACAGCGCGUUGCCCAACCUGCAUCGUGCUUCACGUCCUUCACUCCGAACCUACAAUUCGAUUCCUGACCGUGGCCGCUCAGCUCGCGGGGUCGCGCUCCGGCUUUAGGUGCUGGCUUUCUGCGCUCGAGACCGCCGUGCGCGAGGACCCGUUCUGGGGCGAUGCAUUCUGGCCUGAUAUCGAGGACCGUGCUUCCCGUUUGACCGACGGUGUGCAGCAACUGGUGCGUCAAUGUCAUGAGUUGCGCGCCAAUCUGGAAAGCCCCACCUUUGAGAGACCCUCGUUGGCGAAGACGUCUCCAGUGUAUGAGCGACCGGCCUGCACCAUUGCUAUCAAGACUUCGAGCUUUGCCCGGAAACAGGUCAAGCUGAGCCGCGAGGAGCAGCGUUACCGAUCUUCUCUGAUCUGGAACUCGUGGAAUUGCUCUAGGGAAAUGCGUCAGCCGCUGGGUGGUAAUGGCUCGACCCAAUCCCGACAACGGUCCAUGACCUCUUGA